AAAACUGAAACUUGGGUUCAAGCAAUCGAGCCCAAUAUAUGUGUCACCAGGUGUUCGACGAAUAGUCUCAACUAACUUUUUGGGCCUAUACCUUUAUGAUUUCAGGUUCAGGGGUCUACUACUCAGUACUCAGUAGGGUGUGUGCUAGUUUAGGUUCAUAGAUCGUGCCCGGAUUUUGGAUUGCGGUGCAGAGGGUGAUUAUGUGCUAGUUUUGCGCUGGUUAAUUGGUAUGCUAAGACUCGAAGGGUAACGAUGCGAGGAGAGCGUUCGAUUGCGGCGUUAGGAGGCGGAGGGAUUUCAAAUAUGGAGCUCACGACUAUUGAAGCUGCCUCAGCCUCCCUUGACGGCUCCUUCAUUUUCCAUGUCGUCGCCGACAUUGUCGGCUUCGUCCUCUUCAUGCACCAGCAAAUCCCUUCUGUGUUGCAGGAUCUCACUUUCGAAUUUGAUGAAUUGCAGGACGAAUUUAAGGAUUUGGAGACGGCUCUUGCUCAAGAGGAAACCAGGGGGCCGCUAAGGAGAAAGCACGCCGCUAGAAAGAGAGAGGUGAGGAUGGGCAUAAAAAGGCUAGAAAAGCUAAUGAACAUGGUUUCAAGUAUGAAAACCGCUCUUCAACUGAUUAUCACCGAGAUUCCGUGUAUUGAGAGUGUGCUUCUAGUUCUCGGACCUAGCCCUCUUCGCCCACUGCAUAUCUAUGAGCUGCAUUUUCCGCGCAGAGCUAGGGUUUCUUCAGUGGAUUAUACCAGGACGAGAGUGGUGGAAACUCUCUGCAAAAAGGCCAUAAGGGAACUAGUAUCAAGGGGUGCUGGUUCCAGUUCGUAUCCUGGUCCCACAAAGCUCUAUCUGCUGGUCAGGGCCCCCUCUUCACUCAGUUUGCCUCUGCAUUUUCUUCCCAAGCGUGACUUUAGAUUUAGCAAGAAGGUUGCCCCCAUCAAACUGCAAUUCAGGUGCAGAGGGAAAACUGCUUCUCAUGAUGAUAAUCAAGCUGAGAAUGCAAUCAGUUUCACGGACUCUGCAUCUGAUGAUAUUAUCUGGUUUCAAUGUCGGCAUGUAAUCAAGGGUUUGCCUUCCAGGACAUCAACUGAAGAAGACUAAUACACCGGAGCAGCUUUGCAGAACUCACAUUCUUACACCUGUAAAGAAACCCUUCUAUUGGGGAUUGUAGUUCAUAUUCCUGUCUUGUAGUGUACUUGUACCAAUUUUCUGCUCACUUGUUGAAUGUUAUACACUGAGCUUGUUAUUUUUU